UGUUCAAUAUUAUUGCAAUUGACUGGCAUUAUUACCACGCAACAGAAUAACAUUCUGCGGCAGGGGGUUUCAAGCUUGAAGAAGAGUAUCAUUGGUCAAUUUACAGAAGAUAUGAGCAUAUUUUGUGAACUUCAUUGCGCUGUACACCGUUUUUGUGUGGCGUAUAAUUACAAGAAAAGAGUGGAUGAAAAGAAGAUUAACUGUCAACUAACCAACACAACUGAGCAUGAGUUUGAGAAACAUGAAGUUGCAAAGGAAGAACUAGUGUGGACGUUUUACAAGUCUAAUGUGGACAGAAGACACUUUGCAAGCUGCAGAAACGAAGUAAAUAAAUGUCUAAAUAAUGGGUCCUUGAUUUGGGAUGCAAAAAAGCUUUUGGUUUCGUGUCAAUGUUCUGGAUGUUACAAAGGAAAACAUUGUGAAAAUAAUAUUGUAAAAGCUCUUGGGAUGGAAAGUGGUGCUAUCCAAGAUGACCAAGUCACGGCAUCAAGCGAAUGGGAUGCAGCCCACGGGGCUGCUAAUGGAAGAUUAAAUUUCACACCUCAAAAUGGACAAGGAGGAGGAUGGUCAUCAUUGCACCUUGAUCAUCAUCAGUGGCUACAGGUUGAUUUUCAACGAAACACGUUUGUUACAGGAAUUAGUACUCAAGGACGCCUUUACACACAUCAGUUGGUAAAGAGUUACACCGUUUCGUCCAGCCAAGGUGGGAAAAAUUUCCAGACUUAUGCACAAGGAACAAAAGCCAAGGAAUUCCAAGGUAACAACGAUCAGAAUACGGUUGUCCAUCACACGGUGAUUCCUCAUAUUUAUGCUCGGUUCAUUCGUCUUCAUCCUACAGCUUGGGAAAAUCAUAUUUCCAUGAGAGUCGAGUUUUACGGCUGUUCAUUGGAAGUCUGUUAUAUUGAAUUUGUUUUAAUAAGAGAAAGGUCGACCUUAAUUAUGCUCCGGGCGUUUCUGCGGAUAUUCACCUUCCUGUUUCUUGUAACUACAACUGAUGUUAAUGCAAACAGUUGUUCCCCGACGAACUACAACAUCAUUGUGAAAGGAGGUUCAUCAUUACCCAAUGAUGAGAUAAUAUCAAGACACAACGUAACAUCUUCAGACGUCAUGUUGGGAUGUCACACUCACUGCCAAGACGAAGAAAAAUGUGUCGGUUUUAACUACAGAACAACGAAAAAUGUUGAAAAUUGUCAACUGACAAACGUCACAAUUAACCGAGCCAACUCAAACCAAGGAGAUUGGAUAUUGAUGCAUGAUGAUGAUGCAGUUUGCUGCAGGGGAGAAGUAAUUAUAUGCCAUAAUGGAGAAUCAUUCCGUCGUGAUAACGGGUGCAAAAAUGCUCUUGGAAUGGAAAAUGGUUACAUCUGUGAUGACCAAAUCACGGCUUCCAGCGAAUGGAGUACGAAAAAUCGGGCGGCUAAUGCAAGAUUGAAUUUCACACCGCGAGAUGGAAGAACAGGGGCAUGGUCAUCGCGGGACAAAGAUCUUCAUCAGUGGCUUCAGGUUGAUUUUCGACGGCUAACCCAAAUCACUGCAAUAAGCACCCAAGGACGCGUUGACAAUAAGAAAACUCAGUUUGUUAUGAGUUACAGCGUUUCUUUCAGCAAAGACGGGGAUUUUUUCCAGGUUUAUAAAACAGAACAGACCGAGAAGAAAUUUCAAGGCAACAACGACAGCAGUUCUAUUGUCCAUCAAUUGCUUAUUCCUCCUAUUUCUGCUCGCUUCAUUCGACUUCGUCCAACAGCUUGGAAUGAUCAUAUCUCGAUGAGAGUCGAAUUUUAUGGUUGUUCCUAA